UGGUAUGAAUAAGGUCAAAUCUUCUUCUCUCUUUCAUCAAAGAAUCUUCAACAACCAAAAACUGAACUCAGACUUGUUCCUCAUCUCGGCUAUCUCACCUGAUACAAAAUCGACGUUCUCUUUGAUUAGUCUCGAUUGUUGUAAAAGCUGAAGAGAAUGGAGCAAGGACUUGUUGAUGAUAUAAUCAAUCGGCUAUUAAACUUUCGGGACAGACCCGGAAAGUACAUUCCAUUAUUGGAGUUUGAGAUUUGGCAACUGUGUUUGGUUUCUAGUGGGAUUUUCCUGGAACAGCCUAAUUUGUUAGAGCUUAAAACACCCAUCAAGAUUUGUGGCGACAUCCAUGGUCAAUUUUCUGAUCUCUUAAGGCUUUUUGAGAACGGUGGUUAUCCUCCAACAGCUAACUACUUAUUUCUGGGCGAUUAUGUGGACCGUGGCGAGCAAGGAAUCGAGACAAUGUGUCUUCUUCUUGCCUACAAGAUAAAAUAUCCUGACAAAAUUUUCCUCCUGAGAGGAAACCACGAAUGUGCAUCUACAAAUAUCAACUAUGGCUUUUACGAAGAGUGCAAGAGAAGAUUCAAUGUUAAGCUAUGGUACACAUUCAUAGAAUGUUUUAACUGUCUACCAGUAGCAGCCAUAGUCGGUGAAAAGAUUUUCUGCGUGCACGGUGGCAUUUCUCCAGAGCUAAAAAAUUUGGAUCAAAUCAGAAAAAUACAACGCCCCGUUGAUGAACCCAGAUCGGGUUUACUCUGUGAUCUUCUGUGGUCAGAUCCCAGUGAAGAUAUUCAAGGUUGGGGACAAAAUACAAACAGAAAUAUUUCGGUUAUUUUCGGUGCUGACAAAGUUACAGAGUUUCUGCAGAAGCAUGAUCUGGAUCUCAUCUGUCGCGCUCACAGUGUUGUGGAUGACGGAUAUCAGUUCUUUGCCAGGCGACAGCUUAUAACAAUAUUUUCUGCAGCUGGGUAUCGUGGGGGGAAUAAUUCUGGUGCGGUGUUGAAUGUUGGUCAUGAUUUAGUAUGCACUUUUCAAAUACUGGAGCCUUCUGGUUCUGGAAGCACAGCCACAAACAUGCCUACAAAAUUCCGGGAAGAACAGGGAGGGUUACCCUUGGUUAAUUAUCAAUCUCUGGAUGAUGGGAACAGCCAAGAAAUCGAAGAACUUAAGGAUGAGGUUGGGGAAUUAGCUGUAAAGGUAGAUGACUUGUCAACAAGAUUAGAGCAGCUCGAAUGGAACGUACAAGGAGAUAUACUGAUUGGAGAAAAGAAAGGAUUUGCAUCAAGAAAAAUGGUGGUGAGUGCUUUCGAGAGAAAUGUGACAGUAUCUAACUAA